CGAUCUCAGGGCAGGAUGCCGUCCGAUAGCGCCUGCUUUGCGUUUUACUGCUCCGGCCAUGGUUAUGGACACGCUACUCGCGUCUCUGCGCUCACAUCACACCUUCUAUCUCUGCAUCCUCCACCAACAGUGCACAUAGUGUCAUCUGCUCCGAAGCACGUAUUUUCGGAUAGCGUUGCGCUUGGCGCGUUCUAUCGCUACGCAGAAAUCGAUCCGGUCGUAGUGCAGCCGCUAGCGUAUCGCGUAGACCGUCAGAAAAGUGUCCGGGUUCUUCGAUCGUUUCUUGAUCAGAAGGACCAGAAGGUAGAUGAAGAGAGCAGGUGGCUACAGGACAUCGAGGCAGACUGCGUUUUGAGCGAUGCUGUUUUUCUUGGCUUCUUAGCGGCAAACAAAGCCCAGCUCCCUUCGAUCUUGGUUACAAACUUCACCUUUGACUCAGUCUACAGCUAUCUGUCUGCCUCUUUUAUUGACCAGUCUCGCUCUCGUCAGCACCAUUCAAGCUCUCUUACCUCACACAUUGAAACGGAACCUGAUACUUCGAUCUCUGCAGAAGAACUGGAUCCUCUUGUGUCUCAGAUUUUUGAUGGGUAUCGACACGCGGAUCUUUUGCUCCGGCUUCCUGGUGCAAUCCCGAUACCUGCCUUUGCUGCUAAGCCUCAACUACCUGCGACUGAUUGGAUAGACAGUGCAACAGGAACUUUCCAUAUACCCAUAAUAUCGCAUCUUACAGAGGAUCCUGCAGCUUAUACCUUGCAUACGUCAAUACCCUUUCCGUCGAUCCCGCUCAAACCAAAAGCUCGUGCGGCUCUUUCUGCGCCGCUGCUGGUUCGCCUUCCGAGCCAUGACAUCUAUACUCCUGCUGGUCGCUCCCGCGUGCUCGACUCCAUUGGCGUACCGAAUCAACUUCAUGAUCCGUCAACAACCAAGAUUCUAGUCGUCUCUUUCGGGGGCCAGGUGAUCCACAGACCCGCUCAUAGCAGAACCUCCUCGAGAUUAGGCUCUGGGACUAUCACCCCGAGCGGGACGGAGAACUAUCCUCAGCCGUCUGGUGACAGCUUCCCAACCACGCUCCGACAAUCUCUGACUGCACUGGAUCUUACUGGGAAGAAGCACCCGUCUGCCCUCCACCCGCUCCGCAUUCCGCGCAUUUCUACCCCUUCGCACAUAUAUAUCCCUGGGGCACCCUCUCCGGCAUCCAAGGCGACAAUGGCCUCGAGCUCGAGUUCUCCUGUGUUCCAGACGAUUCCUCCAACACCUACGCUCGUGCAAGACGGGUUUCAGUCAAAUGCUGCGGUCAUAGAGCCGGAAGGUCAGUUCGUCCCAGACAGUUCCUGGAUUGUGAUUGUCUGUGGUGUGUCAGAGUCGAAGGGCUGGCACGCCCGUGGCCGAACACUAGAUUCUGAUGACCUCUCCGGGCCGAACAUUGCCAGUGAUGCUGCGGAUGGCUGUGAGGAUGACGAGCUACCAGAGGGGUUUUACAUCGCUCCGAAGAACAUCUACAUGCCAGACCUGAUGGCAAUUGGAGACGUUCUUUUGGGUAAACUGGGUUAUGGAACGGUCUCCGAGUGCGUAGAGUCCUGCACCCCGUUUGUCUACGUUUCCCGCCCUCUUUUCGUCGAGGAGCACGGAUUGCGCAUUUUGCUUUCUCGAGAGGGCGUGGGCGUGGAGAUGGACCACGAGGAGUACGAGGCGGGCAAUUGGGCAGGUAAGAUCGCGGAGGCGUGGCAGAAAGGGUCGAAGCGGAAGUUGGAAAGACGAAACGGACAGCAUGCUGAAGAUAGGAAGGAACAGGGGAGGGAAAUGGCCGAGUUUAUCGUUGAGUGGACUAGGAAAUGGGCCCAGUAGCUUACCUCGAAUUAAUAGUAUCAGGUUGCGGAGACAGUGGCGUCUCGUAGUUACCCCAGUAU